AGGCAAUAUUUACGUUAAAUCAUUUCCGGUUUCUAAACUUUCCUGCGCGGCAUUAUCGAUAAGCUAUUUGAUUUUUCUAAGAAAGAAGCUUCAUUCUACUAACUUUAAACGGCUUGGAUAAAACUUCUCUAUAGGCCUGUGUGCUCCAAUAGAGAAGAUGAGUACCAGGAAAAGAAAGGCCAGUUUGAAGGUAUUGGAAGAGAUGGAAAGGCUCAAAGAAAUGGAUGAAAUCAAGAAUGCAGGCUGCACUGUAAAGGGUUGUGAUAGCAGUGGACACACCAACGGGAUCUCGGUCAGACACAGAACGGUAAGAAAUUGUCCCCUGCAAAAGCGUAGGGAUAUGCUGUUGGAACCUCCACCAAAAGUGUCUCGAAUUGAUCAAGCACCCGCAAAACAGAGUGUCGAACACGAAAUCUGGGCAACCAAAGUGAAAGAAGAACCAAAAGAAAGGGAAAAUUAUCAGGAAAUGCGAGAUAUAGAAGAGGAUGCAUUUGUUGAAAAAUUGAAAGAAGAGCAUGAAUUUGAGACCGAGAAUACCCCAAGAGAAAGUAAACAAAAAAGAAGGGGAAUUGUGAAGCAAGCUCAGAAAAGAAAGAAGAAUUUGAAGGAUACUGCUGAUAGAGAGGCAGUGGAGGCAGACACUUUCGCUGAAGAAGUGAAGGCAGAUAUUGCAAAGGUUGAGGAGGAGUCAGAAGACAACAGUUGUGAAGAGAAAGCUUUGAGCCCUGAAGCUAUUCAGAUGCAGAUUGAGCAGGUUAUACCGAUAAAAACUGAAAUAGGUGAGUCAGAAGAUGGAAUAAUCUUACAGAAGAUUUCUCAAAUUGCAAGCUCAAGUGUUGCAUCUGAUCAAGCAAAGAGUUCUUCAAAUACUUAUGUUGAUGUGAACAAUCAACCAAAAUCUACUACUGAGCCUUUGUAUAAUUUCAUUAUGACCGGGGAUGACCAGAAACCUUAUAUCAUUCCUGGCAGUGCUAUAAUACCAAAAUUGCUGGCGAAACCUCAGAUUACAGAAGUUGUCAAAGACGUUCCUUUGCCAAAGAAUGCAGAAAGCAACGAAUCUCUGGGUGCUAAGCUCGGGGAAAUACCAUCAAUCUUUUCUGUUGAGAAGACCAUAGAAGUUAGGCAAGCCCUGGAAGAUGAGAGCGAUGAUGAUGAUGAUGAGGGGGAGGGUGCUGAUGGGGAGUACAUGGUGCUGGCAGAGUGGACUGAUGGCAAGCUACAAGAGCUGGGCAGUGAUGAUGCCAAGGAGGACUCUAGCAAGGGAGGCAGCAGCAAAAUUAGUAACAAAGUGAAGUGUCCACAUCCUGAUUGUAAAGGUGAAGGUCACAUCACAGGAUUAUACACCCAUCACAGGAGUUGGUCUGGUUGUCCAAAGAAAGCUGAUCUCUCAACAGAUGAAGUGGCACGGCUGGAAAACAGAACAAAUCAAGGUUGUCCCACCCCUGGUUGCAGUGGCCAAGGUCAUGUGAGAAGAAAGCGAUCUUUGCACAGAAGUGUGUCAGGGUGUCCUAUAUAUGCCAUGGGAAAGUUGGUUGGUGGCGGAGGCAGUGAACGCGGUCGUGGAAAAAGGAACAAGUACCACAUGGUGAUACUGCCCAAGCAGGACGACCCCUCCAAGGCCAUCCUGGCAGCUUGUACAGAGAAACAGCUCAUCAAGCUGGCUGCCAAACACAUGCAGGAGGAGAUCAACAAUAAAGGUGCAAGCAAACAGUUCAGGCCACUGGUUCUUUCUAAGAAUUUCAACAGCGGCCCAAAGAACAACCAGUCUUUUGCAGCAACGACAAUAAACCUAGUCAAGGAGUUAAAGAGAUACAAUGACUCAAAGACGAGCAAAGAAUCCCAGCCUGUUUCUGGGACUUCGGAGGCUUCUGCCGCAAGCAAUGCAGAGAGUCCAAUGAUGGAAGCUGAUUCCCCUCGUGUAACGAGACCGGUGGUAAGAGAACGGCCAAACAUUCUGGGUAAAAGAAAGGGCUAUAGGCCAAAGCCUCGAUCCUCUUCUACAGAUUCAAAUUCAUCCCAGUCAUCUCAGUCAUCUUUCUCUUCAGUGCAGUCAGACAACUCAAAGACAGAUGCUGCCAGUGUUAUUUCCUCCCUGAUUAGUCAGCCAGCCGAGUUCAACAGUUUGGAGGAUCAAAGGUUGCUCGAUGCUAUAAAGAAAAGGACUGACAAGUCGGAACGUGAGCCUUGUUUUAUUCAGAGACAGAGUGGAGCAGACAGUGACGAUGAAGAUAAAGUGAUGUCCAUCCCAGCAGACGCAGUUUUGACCAUUCCCACACCUGCGUAUUUCAAGAAUAAAGCAGCAACCCAGAACACCUCAGCAGAUCAGGACAAGAAUGUCAUUAGUAAAGUCACUGAGAGUAAUUCCAGUGAUAAAACGGACACAAAUACAUCAGUUUCUUCCAUAUCUGUUGAGCGCUCAGUUCAUGAUCUACCAGUUCAUGAUCAACCAGUUCAUGAUCUACCAGUUCAUGAUCUCCCAGAGUCCAGACCAGGCUCUCCAGAUCUAUCACCGCUCAGAUCUGUAGCGCAUGCAAGCAUGUUUAACGGCCCCAGAGAGCUACUAACUUGCCCAACCCCUGGUUGUGAUGGCACAGGACAUGUGUCUGGUAAUUACUCCUCCCACCGUAGUUUGUCUGGAUGCCCAUUGGUCGAUAGAGCUACUGUUCAGGCCAAUCAGGUUGAACAAAAAUGCCCUACUCCGGGUUGUGACGGUUCUGGUCAUGUGACUGGCAACUACACAUCCCAUCGGAGCCUGUCUGGCUGUCCCAGGGCAGCGAAACUCAAGAGGAUCCUCGGCAAAGAGAUUGAGAAGAGGGACGAUGAACCACUCAGAUGUCCUAUACCAGGCUGUGAUGGGUCAGGCCAUAUCACUGGCAAGUACCUCUCCCACAGAAGUGCUUCAGGUUGCCCCAUGGCCAACAAGUAUCGAUUGCAGCGCAACCUGUUUGCGGGCAUUGAGGGAACUUUUGACAUUGCUGCAGCAUUGAAAAUGGAGCCUUGCGUGUGUCCUACACCAGGCUGUGACGGUUCCGGCCACGUGAACGGCAACUUCCUGUCACACCGCAGUCUUUCUGGCUGUCCACGGGCAACACAGGCCAUCAAGAGGGCCAAACUGAGCCCUGCUGAACUGGCUGUACUGCAACAGAAAGUGGACAAUGGAGAAGAUUUGAAUGCGGACCAUGAGUUGGAGCUGUUGGACUCGGAUAUCAAGGACUUGCGUGCAACCAACAUGGCAGAGGAGUCCCAGCUUAUCAAGAUGAAGGCAGAGGUGGCCUGCAUGGAAAAUAAGGUACAACAAAAUGAGCGAGAACUUGCCUUGAUCAGUGCCCAGAAUCGACAACUGCACGAAUAUCUGCAGAAUGUCCAGUGUAAGAUAGUCGCCAGCCUCAGUUUGGUGGAGUUGUCUGCCCCUGAUAAGCUCUUCAAGGAGGAGAACUUUGAUGAAUGUUUGAUGAUGAUAAACGACUUGUUUGUGUCUCGGGUUUCCAGCGAGAAUGCAUUCUUGCAUAACACAAUCAAAACAGCUCUCUCUGAUAUACAGGUGGCUUGAAGGCUGAUUAGAAAUAGGAAACAAAAUUGCUUUGUUUUGGAAGGGUUUUGGUUUUGUUACAAAACCUCAGCACUUAUUAUCAAGGCCCAUAUUAUUUAAAAAGAAUUGUUUCCCUCCUUAAUAUCUUGACUAUACACAGGAGAGUUUGAGCUAUACGUACACCCUAAUGUCGGGGUCAUCGUCAGUGUCUUCUUUAUGCUCAGGUUAUUAAACAACUUCGUCAUGUCACUGUUUCUACAACACGUAUCCAGUUGAAAUGUUACACAUGUGUUCAGGGUCAUUGUUUUAGGUCACUGACCAAGUUUCAUUACUAUGACCUGAUAAGCAGAUUUACGGCCCUUUUUUUAAAUUUAGAAAUGUUAAAGUUUGUAUGCAACUACUCUAUAUCUAUAUUAGCUAAUAAUAUUUUAAUAAAACUUUGCGUAUGUGUUAAGGAUUUUUAUGAACAUUCUCUGACCAAGACGUAUAACUUGGACCAACCUUUAAGCAAGUUUAUGCCCCCAGUUGUACUUUGAAAGGUAAGGUUUCUGUGCAAGUUGAAACUCCGGUAAAAGUUUGCAUCUUACAAGUACCGUAAUUGCUCUAUGUUUUCGGACACUCUAAGUUUUUGGACACCCCUUUUUUAGCAAAAAUAAUUAUUUUUCGUGACUCUUAAUUUUCGGAUACACGAGUUUUCGUCCAUAAUUAAUGUCUCUAAGUUUUCGGACAGUAUAUUUCACAGCGCUAUUUUACACAAUUUCUAUCCUGUUUUUUAUAUCUAAUGACACUUCGAUCAUGGGGUUUUACAACCAGAUUAACAUCAUAAAACAUGGCAGGUGCAUGCCUGAGGGCAACGGACCAUUACAUUUGCGUAAUUGGGUAAAUAACAUUGUAAACCGGUAUUAAACAAUGGUUUCGCCCGAUAGCAUAAGCGUUAUGACAAUUGCCAGGGGUAGCGCAAAUUAACAGUUAAAUUAUCUACCGCAAUGGUACUACCACUUCUCAGUAAAAUAACUGUGACAAAUACUAAACGCUUUAAAGUGUGAUGCACCCUAUUGCAAGUUUUACGAACAAUGGAAGGUGUCGGACAACAACUGUCGGAAAGGAACAAACAAAGAAUUCAUAGUUUGAAUUUUUUAUUGCGUUAAUUACAGGUUCAUACUAGCGAGUAUCAGUACAUCACAUGCUUAUCUUUGAACUCGUUGGUCAAAGUUCAACUUUGUAGUAACUUUCUGUCAAAUAAAUUAAGCAUUUAAAAUUAUUUAAAAUGCAGUGCAAACAUAUAUAACUGUAAUUUAUACUUUACAGCAUGGUAUUUUACAAGUGCGUGCUAUUACCGGUAGUCGUUGAUAAUAUUGAGGCUAUUUUCAAACACUUCAAUUUUCGAUUCUAAGUUUGGACACCUGUAUUUUGUGAAUAUUUUUCAUAUCUAAGUUUUCGGACACGUUUUUUUUAUAUUAUUUUUAAGUGUCCGAAAACAUAGAGUAAUUAUGGUACAUGUCUCUGUCAAUGCUACAGAUAUCAAAUUGAAUAUUCACACGCUCCUUUGAGAUCAUAUUGCAAUGUAGCCUGCUAAGGCCCUUAACCCUGAGCUGCAAUUUGUAGCCAUUGGCUAAUUUGGCGAAUGGCAGAGUAAGCCCUGGGUCUUUGUUAAAAUAGACAACAGUUUGUGCUCAAUAACUUAUGUAAGGACAGUGAAGUUGUGCUAGAAUGGUUUAUGUGUGUAAGAUAUAGGCUUUAUUGAGGGAUAUCAUUUGGGGCCAACUCUCGCUGACAUGCAGAUCUAGCAUGGGGUUGCAUUUGGGGCCGAUUGGGUCGAGGUUUUGUUUUGUAUUGUUGUUUGGAGACUUGCACAGUGUACAUUGUUACCCCCCCCCCCCCCCCCUUCCAUUGACAUUUGAUACUACAAAUAUUUAUGAGGAAUAUGUUCAGAUUGUGGCAUUAUAGCUUCAAAAGAGUAACUUGUUUAGACCAAGUUAUGUCAUUGGGAAUUUGUUGAGAAGUUAUCAUUUACAAUUUAUAACAAUAAAUAUUGAUGUGUACAGUGUUGACGAUUUAAAAAAAAUGUGUACUGUGUUCAAUAAUGUUUUAAUGUUAUUUUAUAUUUUGUUGAAUGUUCAUGAUUACCUCAACAGUAUGUGUGAAGGUUAUGGUAAAAUGUAAUAUUUAAUAUAAUGCUGUACUGAUUGAUAAAGUAUAGUGUUUCCAAAUUGCUACUUUGUCACUUAAUCAUGAAACUAGAUUAUUUCCAUGCAGUUUUACCAGCUAUAAAGUAUUUUAUUCCCAUUUAAUGUUCACUGUACUGUUAAUACCUUUAGCUAGAAUGAAUAUAAAAACAGAUCAUUACUGUCACAUGUACUUGGUGGCCUGUGUAAAUAUUAUGUGGGAAUACCAGGCUGAAUGCAUGUUGGACCAUUUGUUGGUAAAGUAACACUCCAGAUCAACAUGUCCAGUGUGCAAAGGAUAUUCUUGGAAAAUACGCACAUGCAUUAAGACCAGAUUUCCAGAGACUGCCUAAAUAUUAUACUAACUUGUAUUUUAACAAAUACUACAAUUCAGUGUUCAAGUUUAAGAUGUGUCACGUUUUGGUAAAAAAACACACUUUUAAUGGUUGAUGUGACAUGUGUGAGAUAAGAAGGGCAUUUUAAAAUUGUUGAAAUUAAAUUGUCAUGGAUGGUGGUGUUUUGCACACGUUUUUAUGAUUGUUGGAUAAUGCCAGUAUUAUUUAAAUUUGCCCUAUAACAAUUAUGAAUAUGAGAACUACAUGUAUUAAUGUAUUUUUUUCAAUCUAAGAUAUCUAGGAUUAUUCUUGAGAAUCUAGUUAUAUUUCAUGUCUUUUAAUGUCGUUAAUGGAGUACUUGUUUGUAGCAAAACGCUGUUACACAUACUGUAUAAAAAAGAUUGCUGUUGGUAUAUUCAAUUAUUUAGUGUUUUACACGAAUGUUUUAUCAUAGUACAAAACAGAGUUCUUGAAUGUAUCAAUUGUUUGCAGAAUGUUUGAAAAGCAAAUCUUUCUUAAAAAAAUAUGCUGAGCUUGCAGAAGCAUUCUUGUUCUAUAAAUAACUCUUAUUGGCUUGAGAGAUUUCAGAAUGUAAGAAUACCAUCAAAAGGACAUGCUGAUAUGUUUAUGUACAUGUGUACACAUGUAUGUAUAUUUUAAUGAUUCGUUUUACUGAUAACCAUUCAUACUUUAUACUUUUUGUGUUUGUGCUUAUGUCGUGCAAUCUCUAUACAUGCUGUUAUUGUUUGUAUUGUUUUUGUUUUAAAUAUUUACAAUGAAGGAUCUUGUUUUUAUUAUAUGUAUUUAUUUAAUUACUUUUACAUAUGUGAUGCUCAUUUAUGUGUUAUAUUGAAAAUUCUUAAAUUGUAUCAUUCCAGGGUUUUUAUUUAUUACAUUUGUUUUCUUCAAGUGUUUUAUAGUCUUUUGUCAUGUGCAAUGUUGUAAGUGCAAUAAGUUUAAGUGUU